CUUGUGUACACAUACUUAUAGGUAUGUGUGUAUAUAUAAAUAUGUAUGUAAAUAUAUGUAAAUGAAUUGAGAGAGAGAUGUCUUUGAAUUGACCUUGUCCCAGGUGCUCUCUGUGGCCUGGUCCUCUCCAGAAGACAAAAAGAUUAGGUUUUAGGUACUGGGGGGGGAAAGAGAGAGGGAACAUGCUAAUUAAUGCCAGUCAGAGCACUUGAGGAACAAAUAUUUAUAAAAUCAGUUGGGAAAAUCAUGAGGAAGUAAGUUUGUAAGUGGAAAACAAAACUGGUUAAUGUCCUGUUGGGCAAUAAGACAGUAUUGCUGCUCUUUCUUUCUAGUUUUAUAUAAUUGAUAUAUAACAUCACAAAAGUUUAGGGUGCACAACAUAAUGAUUUAAUAUAUGUAUUUAUUGUGAAGUGAACACCGCAAUAGAUUUAGUUAGCAUCCGUCACCUCAUAUAAUAACAAUUUUUUUCCCUUCUGCUGAGAACUUAAUGAAUUCUCGUUUCAACUGGACAAAAGCACAUGUAUUUCUACAGGAUGAAAAAUCUACCGAAUAACCUCAAUGUGGAAAGUGAUUCUACACCAGAAAGCAGCUUUCCUUUCUCCAAAGAAGCACCAGGGGAGCAUCUGGACCACCAGGCUGCACACCAGCCCCUCCCCAGACAGCGAUUCCAGCAAGAGGCUGGGCACCCUUCCCUGCAAAGAGAUGGUCCCAGAUCUUUUCUCCUUGACCUGCCAAACUUCCCAGAUCUUUCCAAAGCUGAUAUCAAUGGGCAGAAUCCAAAUAUCCAGGUCACCAUAGAGGUGGUGGACGGUCCUGACUCUGAAGCAGAUAAAGAUCAGCAUCCGGAGAAUAAGCCCAGCUGGUCAGUCCCAUCCCCCGACUGGCGGGCCUGGUGGCAGAGGUCCUUGUCCUUGUCGAGGGCCAACAGCGGGGACCAGGACUACAAGUACGACAGUACCUCAGAUGACAGCAACUUCCUCAACCCUCCCCGGGGGUGGGACCGUCCAGCCCCAGGCCACCGGACUUUUGAAACCAAAGAGCAGCCAGAAUAUGAUUCCACAGACGGGGAGGGCGACUGGAGCCUCUGGUCCGUCUGCAGCGUCACCUGUGGGAACGGCAACCAGAAGCGGACCAGGUCUUGUGGCUACGCGUGCACCGCCACGGAGUCCAGGACGUGUGAUCGUCCAAACUGCCCAGGAAUUGAAGACACCUUCAGGACAGCUGCCACCGAAGUGAGUCUGCUUGCGGGAAGCGAGGAGUUUAAUGCCACCAAACUGUUUGAAGUUGACACGGACAGCUGCGAGCGAUGGAUGAGCUGCAAAAGCGAGUUCUUAAAGAAGUACAUGCACAAGGUGAUCAACGACUUGCCCAGCUGCCCCUGCUCCUACCCCACCGAGGUGGCCUACAGCACGGCCGACAUCUUCGACCGCAUCAAGCGCAAGGACUUCCGCUGGAAGGACGCCAGCGGGCCCAAGGAGAAGCUGGAGAUCUACAAGCCCACCGCCCGCUACUGCAUCCGCUCCAUGCUGUCCCUGGAGAGCACCACGCUGGCCGCGCAGCACUGCUGCUACGGCGACAACAUGCAGCUCAUCACCAGGGGCAAAGGCGCCGGGACGCCCAACCUCAUCAGCACCGAGUUCUCUGCAGAGCUGCACUACAAGGUGGACGUGCUGCCCUGGAUCAUCUGCAAGGGCGACUGGAGCAGGUACAACGAGGCCCGGCCCCCCAACAACGCCCAGAAGUGCACCGAGAGCCCCCCGGACGAAGACUACAUCAAGCAGUUCCAAGAGGCCCGGGAGUAUUAACGAGACACCACCCUGGUAUUUAUGACACAUUUGCGCCGCGCCCACCUGCGGCCUGCAGCCGAGUCCCCGGGACCCGCCUUCACGUGUGCUUGUUUGCACCACAGGAGAGUUUUUCCUAAAUUACACUAGGGAUGUGCGCCAGGCCCGGCGACCAUCCGAAGCCACCCUUGCCAUCUGCGACGCCCACAGACCUCCCGGGAACUCUUCCUGGGGAUGGCGCGGGAGGGAGCAUGGGGACAGAAGAAGCCAGGAGGACCUGGGAGCCAUAGUGGGUGCGGUUCGCUUCACACCCAAAUCCAGUGUUUCCUAGACAAGCGAAGGGGGAAAGAGACUGGAGUGGUAAACAUUAUAAGUUUUUAUAUAUAACUUAUUUAAUAUGAAUGUGACUUAAGCGUAACCUUUUCUCUGGAGUUGUCACCGUGAAACUGCUUCAUCGCUUCUGUGAGAGUGCAGACAGGGCUUAGGGAGGUGGAAGAGAAAGGGAAUUUGUAAUGAUGUCUUUAAAAAGAACUCAAUAGGAAUAUAGCAAAACAAGAAAACACCCAUGUUAAACCAAAUAUUAUUUAGUCAUGAAGCACCUUGCUGAAGUCUCAGUGUCCAAAAUGUCCUUGCCUAAGACUGGGUAGACAGGGUGGUGGGCGCUGGGGGGGGCAAAGGAUAUUUUAGGGGCAAAUCUGAAGCCUGGUUUUAAAUAGGCUUUAAAAUAAAAGGCCAAUAUUAGCAUAAUGCUUUGAUUCUACUAAAAGGCUUCAGAAUGGCAGCAUUUCUGCUCAUGUCUUAGUAAGUCCAGACGGCUGCAGGGAAGGCAGAUAUAAAAACAGGGACUAGCACUUUUCCAAAGAUUAAAAAAGCAAGAUAAGUGGGAAAAUACCAUGGACCCCAUGUCAUCUAUUUUAUUCUAAUACCAUCUUAACAAUGUUUUUCUUCACCAAUAUAGUCACAGUAAAUAAAUAUAAAAGGAGGAAGAAUCAAUUCUAGGAAAGCCUAAUUUUUUAUGUUUUAAGAAAAGAAAAAAAAACUACAUUAUUUUUGUAAAGUAUUUAUUGAGUCACUGAGUCUAGUGCAUCAAGCAGUUGUAACAGGACCUGGUUCUGUAGUGUGGAACUUAGGACAAAUAAAGAGUUGGUUAUUAUGCAAUCUUUACUUGCAAAACUCCAGGAAAAGAGAAUAUAUAAUAAAAUCAUAAUAAAAUGUGUUACCUACAGUAAA